AUGGUUGGCGUGCACGUUAAACGGGUAGCCGUCAUCGGCGCCGGCCCGGCAGGGGCCAUUGCGGUGGACGCGCUGGCACAAGAAAAGGCUUUCGACAUUAUCCGUGUGUUCGAGCGCCGCGAGGCCCCAGGGGGCUGCUGGAUUGGCGACUCGGCCCAGCCUCCAACGCUCUCUGAUUUCGCAUCUUUGGCCACGAGAACUGCUGAUUCCCCAUUACCUAUUCCUGAGAAACUGCCCGCGCAGACGCCGAAGUCCGACCAACCUCGAUUUUCUGAGUCGUCCGUUUACCCGUACCUGGAAACAAAUAUCGACUGUUUGCCCAUGCAGUUCAGCCAGGAACCUAUUCCGGAGGAGCGGAGCGAGCUCUCUAUAUCGCGCCACGGACCCGAGACCCCUUUCCGCAGGUGGGACGUGGUUCAGAGAUACGUCAAGGGUCUCGUGGAGCGCCGGGGCUACAGCGACUGGGUUUCAUACAAUACUACAGUGGAGCGGGUCGAGAAGGUGGGAGCGGAGUGGAAAGUAACACUCCGAAAGGAUGGACAGCAGAGUGACUACUGGUGGGUUGAGUGGUUUGAUGCCGUUGUCGUGGCGAAUGGGCACUACUGGGUACCAUACAUACCCUCAAUAGAAGGCCUAGAGGAAUUCGAGAAGGCGAGACCGGGAAGCGUGCUUCACACGGCCGACAUCGCAUUCGAUCUUGCGGAAGUAGCAAAGGCUCCAGUCCAUGCAAUCACAAUUGGACAUGGAGCUAAUGGGUACUUUGGCGACGAAGCGUUUAACAACCCGAAGAUACAGAAUCAUCCAUCAAUAGAACGGGUUUCGAACAGGACCGUGCACCUGGUAGAUGGUAACAGCAUCACGGAUGUUGACCAUAUCAUCUUCGGCACAGGCUACAGCUGGACACUGCCAUUUCUACCACAAGUUCCAGUUCGCAACAACCGGGUCCCUGAACUGUACCAGCAUGUUGUUUGGCAAAAAGACCCGACACUCUUGUUUAUCGGUGCCGUCGCGGCUGGUCUGACAUUCAAGGUAUUCGAAUGGCAAUCGGUUCUUGCCGCACGACUGCUUGCCGGCCGGGCCACUCUGCCACCCCUGGACGAGAUGAGGAGAUGGGAAGCAGAGCGCGUGAAGGUUCGGGGUGAUGGCGUGAAAUUCACACUGCUCUUCCCGAAUUUUGAAGACUACUUUGAGACAGUGAGACGACUAGCCGGCGAGGGAGAAGAGGGUAAAGGUCGCAAGCUGCCUAAAUUUCGCCGCGAGUGGGUGAGGGCAUUCCUUGACGGACAUGAUCGCCGCAAGAAUAUGUGGAAGAAGUUGAAUGAGAAUUCUCGGGCUGCUUUGAGGAAUACUGAGGCUAUCCAGAAGCGAUCUAAGCUUUGA